AGGCUGUAUAUGCUGAGCACACUGAGGAAAUAUACCAGCCUUUCCUAACAGCUGCGUCAGGAUUUACAUUUUUUUUGUUGUUCGUUUUCGGUUUUUUUUCUUGUAACCCUGAAAUUUCAGCCGUCUGUGCACCGUGGAGUUUGCCUGCAAAAAAAGAAGAGAACUACACUGCACUGUGUGCUUGUUGCAAGUGACUUGGAGGAGGAGAGAGAGUGGGAGAGGCGACCGGACAGAUAAUUUGCUUCAUAUUUUAGGCUGCAUCUUCAAGAUCGGAGAGUUGACAAGCUCCGCACAGACGAGCCUCACGUAUGAUCAAGUUUGGAAACUGCGCGGUAUUUAAAUGAUCCUCUGACUCUGGAAAUUAUCUUCGGACAGAGGAAUAUUGCAGCCUCACCCGAUUAAGGGAUUGUAAGCAUAAAUUGGAAGAGCACCACAAAAGGGUGAGAUUUGGACUUGUUUUACUUUGUGGUGACAUUAUGCUCGGACUAUCUGAACAUUUGCUUUUUACGCGCAUGAAAUUCUAAUGUAUUUAUGGCACCAGGUACCUCCGGAGCGCACGGAGCCUUUAGAGUGUGCUCUGAUAUCACUGCGGGUUUACUAAAAUAAGGGAAGAGCAACUAAAACCCGGUGCUUGAGGAAAAGCAGAGGAAAGAGGAAAGCCCGUGCACUUGCUGCCAUUCACUGCAGUAGGAGCUAUGUAGGAAGGCAGUCGGAGGAUGAAGUGUCACGCAUCCCGAAACAGACGGCUUGCUCUAGGUGAAAACAAUAUCUGAUUUCCAUAUUCGGACAUUCGAGAAGUGAAUAAAUUCAUUGCUGCAAUUUUUUCCAAAUCUAAGUGAAUAUUUUUUGGGGGAAAGAACAAUGAGGACUACUGGUGCAGUGGACUAUUUAUGCUAUUGUAUGCUCAUCCUGCAGCUUGUGCAUCAGCCCGCUGCCAAGCAAGUGCUCCGGUACCGCUUGGCGGAGGAGGGACCCGCCGAUGUCAGGAUAGGGAACGUAGCUGCCGACUUGGGCAUCGUUGCCGGGUCCGGCGAGGUGACAUUCACGCUAGAGUCCGGCUCUGAUUUUUUCAAGAUAGACAAUAUAACCGGCGAGCUCACCACCAAUGAGAGGCGGAUAGACCGUGAAAAAUUACAGCAGUGCCAAAUGAUAUUCGAUGAAAAUGAGUGCUUUAUAGAUUUUGAAGUGUCAGUGAUUGGACCAGCCCAGAGCUGGGUUGACCUCUUUGAGGGAAAAGUCAUCAUAUUAGACAUAAAUGAUAACACCCCCUCUUUCCCAUCCCCUGUCCUGACACUGUCUGUGGAGGAGAACAGACCUAUUGGAACCCUUUAUCUGUUACCCACAGCCACAGACAGAGAUUUUGGCCGAAACGGAAUAGAGAGAUAUGAGCUUAUUCAGGACAACGGGGAGAACUCAAGGCGCCUGGGCUCUUCUGGGGGUCGAGACAACGGGGAUUCAUACUCAGGCAAGAGGAGAUUUGAGGAUGGGGCAAGCAGGAGCAGCGUCUUUGAACUGCAAGUUGCUGACACUACAGACGGGGAGAAGCAGCCUCAACUCAUCAUUAAAGGGGCCCUGGAUAGAGAGCAAAGAGACUCCUAUGAGCUCACGCUGCGUGUCAGGGAUGGAGGUGAUCCCCCUCGGUCCUCCCAGGCCAUUCUGAGGGUUAUGAUCACUGAUGUGAACGACAACAGCCCCCGGUUUGAGAAGGGUGUGUAUGAGGCUGACCUGCCAGAAAACAGCUCUCCUGGUGCCCCCAUCCUGCAGCUCAAAGCAGCCGAUGCAGACGUGGGGGUUAAUGGUCAAAUAGAGUAUGUGUUUGGGGCAGCCACAGAGUCAGUGAGGAGGUUGCUGAGGUUAGAUGAGAGCACAGGGUGGCUGAGUGUGUUGCACCGCAUUGACCGUGAAGAAGUGAGCCAGCUGAAGUUCACGGUAAUGGCCCGUGACCGAGGUCAGCCGCCCAAGAUGGACAAGGCUACUGUGGUGUUGAACAUCAAGGAUGAGAACGACAAUGUUCCCGCCAUUGAGAUCCGAAAAAUUGGGCGCAUUUUCUUAAAAGACGGGAUAGCCAACGUGGCUGAGGACGUGGUGGUAGACACACCCAUUGCCUUAGUUCAAGUGUCAGACCGGGACCAGGGGGAAAAUGGCAUCGUGACCUGCACAGUUGUAGGGGAUGUGCCGUUUCAGCUCAAACCAGCCAGUGAGAUGGAGGGGGAGCAGAAUAAAAAGAAAUAUUUUCUCCACACUUCUGCACCACUGGACUAUGAGGCCACACAGGAAUACAAUGUGGUCAUAGUGGCUGUGGACUCCGGAAGCCCCAGUCUGGCAAGUAAUAACUCUCUUAUCGUCAAAGUGGGUGACACCAAUGACAACCCUCCUAUCUUCAGCCAGAGCGUAGUAGAGGUGUCAUUUCCAGAAAACAAUGCCCCUAGCGAGAGAGUGACAACUGUGGUAGCCAUUGACGCAGAUAGUGGGAAGAACUCCGAAAUAGCCUAUUCCCUGGACUCAUCAGUAAAUGGGAUUUUCUCUAUCGAUGCAGACAGUGGAGACAUCAGAGUAAACACCAUUCUGGACAGAGAGCAAACAGAGCGCUACGAAUUCAAAGUGAUAGCCAAAGAUAAGGGCAUGCCCAUACUACAGGGCUCAGCAACAGUUGUUGUCCUUGUGGCUGAUAAAAAUGACAAUGAACCAAAGUUCAUGCAGGAUGUGUUCACCUUUUAUGUCAAAGAAAACCUGGAGCCAAACAGUCCAGUUGGCAUGGUGACAGUCAUUGAUGCAGAUAAAGGCCAAAAUGCAGAGAUGAGUCUUUUCAUUGAGGAGGAGGAAGACAUCUUCUCCAUUGAGAAUGAUACUGGAACUAUUUUCUCCACUCUGUCUUUUGACCGUGAGCAGAAAACGACAUAUACAUUCCGUGUCAAGGCUGUGGACGGGGGUGACCCCCCCAGAUCAGCCACUGCCACAGUGUCCCUCUUUGUCAUGGAUGAAAAUGACAAUGCGCCCACAGUCACCUUUCCAAUAAACAGUUCCUACACCCUUCUCCCUCCAUCUAGUAACAUCAGAACUGUGGUCAGAACUGUCAUUGCCACUGAUACUGACACCGGUAUCAACGCAGACCUGAACUACAGCAUUAUUGGCGGCAACCCCUUUAAAUUAUUUGAGAUUGACGGGGGCAGCGGGGUCAUCUUGCUCGUGGGAAAGCUAGAACAGAAGCACUAUGGCCUCCACAGACUGGUAGUCCAGGUGAAUGACAGUGGGCAGCCUUCACAGAGCACCACCACUUUAGUUCAUGUGUACGUCAAUGAGACGCUUUCUAAUUCCACAGUUGUAGAGGCACAGGUGGCCAAGAGCUUGAGCACAUCUCUCAACACCAACAUUGCCGGUGACCCCAACUAUGACCUGGGUAAACAGCGGCUAAGCAUCGUCAUUGGGGUAGUGUCGGGCAUCAUGACAGUCAUCCUCAUUAUCCUCAUCGUUGUCAUGGCCCGUUACUGCCGCCCCAAAAAUAAGAAUGGCUACGAGGCCGGCAAGAAGGACCACGAGGAUUUCUUCACGCCACAGCAGCACGACAAGUCUAAGAAGCCCAAGAAGGACAAGAAGAAGCAGAAAUCGAAACAGCCACUGUACAGCAGCAUCGUCACUGUGGAGGCCUCCAAACCCAAUGGCCAGCGGUACGACGGUGUGAAUGAGAAGCUGUCGGACAGUCCCGGAAUGGGCCGGUACCGUUCGGUCAAUGGAGGGCCCGGGAGCCCAGAUCUGGCCAGGCACUACAAGUCCAGUUCACCACUCCCCACCGUCCAGCUUCACCCUCAGUCACCGACAGCUGGUAAAAAGCACCAAGCAGUUCAAGACCUGCCCCCUGCCAAUACCUUUGUUGGCACCGGAGAUAACAUUUCCCUUGGAUCUGACCACUGCUCUGAAUACAGCAGUCAAACUAUCAACAAGUACAACAAACAGCCGUUUCGCCGAGUGACCUUCUCGGUGGUGAGCCAGCCCCAGGACCCUCACCAGCAGGGAUCGCUGCAGAGCUGCUACGACAGCGGCCUGGACGAGUCUGAGACACCCAGCAGCAAGAGUUCGUCGGGCCCCCGGCUGGGCGCCCUUCCCCUGCCCGAGGACAGCUACGAGAGGACAACGCCGGAUGGCAGUGUCGGUGAGGCAGAGCACAUGGAAAAUGACUCCCGGCCCUUGCCUGACGUAGCCAUGACCGGCAAAUGCACUCGGGAAUGCGACGAGUACGGCCACUCGGACUCCUGCUGGAUGCCUGUGCGCACGUCGCCCGAGCGGCGGCCAUCCAAGUCAACCACCACCCCCCAACAACCAAAGCUUUCCACCUUCAUGAGCGGCAACGGCAGUGGCAGCAGCAGCGCCGAGCAGCCCGGCAGCCAAGAGACCCUCGCCAUGGCCACCAUGGCCAAUGGAGAUCCCACCGCUGCUCACAUGAUGGGCGACCGCAAUCGCAAUCUGCUCAACAAGAAGAUGGCCUCCUCCUCCUCCUCUUAUGAGGCCUUCGGCUCGCCCUCCUACGGUUCGCCUGGGGCCGGGGAGGAGGCGCUGGGCCACCCCACCGAGGAGAUCCCCCUGGCCCCUACUGGGGAGUACAAGCCCACCUCCUGUGGUACGCUCACACGGCGGGAGGUGUACCUGUGAGCUGGGUGGGCUGAAUACACCUGCUGCGCCACAAUACACGGCAUUAUAAUACAACAACAAUAACCGUAGUUGCUUACCCACCAUCAUGACAGCUCUAGAAGCGUUUACCCACCUUUGGUCUGAGCAAGACGGGACUAAACUUUCUCCAAAGACUUUGACAACAGCUCUUUAGCGAAAAACCUAAGUGGAUAUAAAAACAGGACCAUUUUCAGAGUGCUAAUUCUGGCCAUAACCUGGAAAGAAAAGAGGAGGAGGAGGAAGAGUUGAGGGUACUGAUGGGACUUGGGAUCAGGCUGUUCUGGUGGCGAGUCGGGCUCUUGGGACAUGUUCUGCUGCCUGACAGUCAAUCUGUACAAUAAUCAACUCAUUUUCCAUAUACAUGCAUGCAUAACCCCGUCCCCAAUUAAGCCCUUAUCCCCCCAAGGAAACUCCUUUCAGAAGACACUGUACAAAGAGACCUUUUUUUUUUCUUUUUCUGUUCAUUUUUUUCUAGAAUCAAAGCUGUACAUGUGGACUAGUUUGACUUCAAAGUGUGUCCGGUUAUGCCUUUUCUUUUUUAGCUUAGUGCAACACUCUUGCCAUGAUGUGCCGUGGCUGCAACAAUAUAUCGGACGUAAUCACGGUCUCGAUCAAACUGACCUAUCCAUGGAUCCUGUCAUCUCGACUGUGUGUGCAGAAAGUUGUUCAAUAGGAGACCAAAACCCGACCAUAUUCAAGACUUACGGAGGAACUGCAUCUCAAUAUGGUCGGGAAAGACUAAGCUUUAAACAUUCUGCCUGGAAAGCGAGACCCGUCUCAGUCAUCUCACUCAAGGGAGAUUCUUGGACUGAAAGGCGAGCCAGUGGAAUUUGCUGUAACAUGUUGGUUCACACUCCGGUGACGUAAUACGAUGAACAUAUAAUGACUGAUUCUAACUUACCAGUGUGUAUACUCUACGCAAGUGAAAAGUCAUCCAUUGUACAUAACGCAUUGGACCACAGAAACAAACAUGCUUAUUGCUCUCAUUCACUUUUGUCUUUAUCUUUCUCAGUCUUCUCAUUCUUUGUCUUGAUUGGCGAGUUUGAGACCAAAACUCCAAAACGAAAUGCAAGUUCUUAGAGCCAUGAUCUGUCACCACACUGCUUGGAAAAAAGCAUUAGGUACGUGUGCACGUGGUUGCGCAUACUUGGAUCACCGCGCAUUGCAGAUGCCCGGUGGGAUGCUACUGUUUAUCUCAAGUUGUAAUGCUUAUCCUGGUUUCUCUUGCACACUCACCAAUACACACAAACAUGCACACACACACUCACAAGUACACACACACAGGCAGAAAAACAGAUUUAUUUGAUUGUGGCUAGUGGCACUGUGGUAGUGAAGGACUGAAAAUCCUGGGUAAGCACAGUGUGUGACGUGCCGAGAUUAAAAUUAUCGCGGUGCAGUUGAAAUUUGUAUGUGUGUAUGGGCCAGAUAUGCAGUAUAUAGUAUGUGUGUAUGGGCCAUAUUUAUACAGCAUGGAUGUACACCAACAGUAGGUUUAGGAGGGCGUAAACAUGGCCAAGCUGGUCCCAACACAGCUGCAAUGACAGCUUUUUACUGUUAAUACCUUUUUGUUGUGUGAUAGACUGAGCAAUAAAUAUCAUAUUGUACAUGUGACCAAUAAGCAUCAACUACUUUUUCACUUCUUCUCAAGCCUUCAAGAUGACAUUAACCCACAAACAGCUAUCCAAGAAACCUUUUAGCAUCGGUAGAUGUUGCAUUCCAUGGUACAUGGUUAAAGGCAUUUUUGAGCACGAAUGUAAGAAUCAGCUCAACGGAGAACAAUCAAAACCAACGUUUGGAUGUGCAGGAAGUUUGGAACAGUCUCAGAAAAUGGUGUCAAAGUGAAACCAAAGCUUCAGAAACAAAUGGCUUCAAGCCAUGGAUGAAGCGUUCCCCCUAUUACAGAAAUAUACCACACAAAAAUAGCUUUUUUUGGGAGAAUCUUGCUUUAAGUAUGCAUUACAGUAUGUGGGAAUUUAUAGUGAAGAACUGAGGUUUAACUAUACGAAUGUGAUGUGUCAACAUGACAUGCAUUACAUCUUCAGAGCUGACAGUCAACACACGCAGACACACUGUCAAUGUUGAGAUAUUGUGCCUCCCUAUCUACAGCGAGUUUUCAUUUUCACAGCUACAGAGGCGCAAAAUCUCAUGACCGUAAAGAAGCAAAAGAAUAUCAGAUGCAAUGGAAAAAUUUUUUUGUAUGUUAGCAAAACCCCUUUGGUUUGGCUGGAGCUGCUUUUUCUGCAGUCCAGCAGUCUGUAGUCUGUAAGUACUACUCGUUGUUCGAAAGAAAGUGCUCCUAUACUUAUCAACUGUAUACAUAAAUAUGUACUUUUUAUUGCACGUUUAAUGGGAACUUACUUCACUUACUGAGAAGGAAGAAGAAAAAAAAACUGUAAAAGAAAAUGUACAAAAAAAUGUUAUCCCUGUAAACAUGGAAAUCCACCUUGUUGCUUGCUUUUGUUAUACCUAAACAAACAUUAGCCAUGUAGUACGACUUAGUAGAUCAGUUAAGAGCAUACCGUUGAUCAUUUCUUUUGUUUAUUUUUUUUUUUCUACUCAUAUUUUGUUCCUUAUUUUUUUGGUCAUUUUCUAUUCAAUUUGGUCAUGGUCUCUUCUUUCACCAGCCAAAUCCAAAUCAUACGUUUCAUUUACAUCCAACUUAACCUAUACCGUAAAAUUUACUCAUUUUUAUCUGCAUGGUUUUUUUUUUUCCCCAUCUUGUAAUUUACUUUUUAAACCCGUACAUCGAUUUGUUAUACAAUAAUAGUCCAAACCGUGGAAAUGAUCAUGACAAUGUAUUAUGUGUUUUACUUUUUUUCUUUAUCUGGUGCCACUUUGUAUAUUUAGAGUGCUUCUGUAAAAAAGAAAAACAUACAAAAAAAAAAAAAAAAAAAAAAAAAUAGAGUGAAUGCAAAAUAUGCAAUUGUGCCUUUUUAUACCUAUUGGUAUGAUUAAAUGUUGGUUUGGAAUGGUGCAUAACAAAUUAUGCUGACAUGCUUACAGAAGUAGACAGGGUGGCAUUACAGAACAAAAAUGAGACGCAUCCCGGGAUUUGCAUAUCGGACAUGAAGUCCCGAGAUGUCGAAGGCUUCUUGAAGGAUGACCAGUCAAAUGUCAACAAGCCUGGGAGUAAACGGUGAUUCGUGUGGGUUCAAUUAGAUCGCUGAAAUAUUCACUGCUAGCAUAGUGCAUUACCGAAUGAGUGCAUUCAAAAGUUGCUUAUUGGUGGUAAAAAAAAAAAAAAUAAUAAUAAUGAUAUAAUGUGUGUUUUUUUUUUUUUUUUUCACUGUGCCGCACUCAUGUACAUGUGUGACAUCAGAGGUCAGGCAACCUUGUUUGUGCAUGAAUCAAACUCCGGUACUGAACAUGGGAGUGUGGAAAGACGGAGGGGGGGAAAAAAAAGCGCUUGGAGACAUUUGACUGCUCAGAGCUGAGGGAGCCUACAGAUAAAAAUGCUAAUGUGAUGGUUAACCAGGAAGAGUGGAAGUGGAAAAAAAGCUGCAAGGGAGAGAGGCUGACAGAACACACACCUCGGGAUGUGCAGAGCGGCUCUCAAACACACACAUGCACACUCCUACAGUAUAUGCAUAUCAUGUUGUUGGCCUACAUAUGAGCAUGGUAUGAUGCUUGCAAUGAUAUUACAAGGCAGUGCGGUGAAUCUGCACAAUAUCAGCUACUGUGAGAGACAGAAUUUGUCAUUUUAUUAGAGAGAGAGA